AUGGCUGGUCUAAAACGUGCUCGUAGUGAUAAUGAUCAUCAAGCACAAAAGCUGAUUACUACCAAUGUUGAAGAAGAAUACAACUGUCCUAUAUGUUUUGAUUUGAUAAGUGAGGCCUUUGUUACGCGAUGUGGUCACAGUUUUUGUAGUAAAUGUUUAACUCGUACGGUUGAACAACACCAUCGAUGUCCAAAAUGUCAAAAUCCAUUAGCAUCCGCUGAUAUAUUUCCAAACUACACAUUAAAUUCAUUGAUUGAAAAAUAUCGUCAGCAAAAACCAUUGUCAAAUGAAUUCGAUAAACAAGGCGGUGUUGUUGAACAUAUUUCAAAUAUGGUUACAAAUCUUAAUUCACUACAAUCGGCAGAUUUGGACCAUUUGAUUAAUAUAAUGCAACAACAUAAAGAAAAAUUGGACGCAAAUAGCGAAUAUGUUCAUAAUCGUUUAUUGGAAAUAUUUUUACUGCAUGCAUUAGAUUCAUUAUCAAAAGAGUUGAGUAUAGUUGAUUAUGAUUUAAAACAAAUGAGUAAACGACAAAAAGUGACCGGCUCAUCAUCCCCAUCGUCAUCCACAAUAACCAUCAUAACAACCAAAUCUCAGUUAAAGAUUGAUGAUAAAAAUCAACAAAUUGUUGUUCGUACAACAAAUGAUGCAGAAAAUGAUAAUGCAACAGUGAAUGAUAAUGUUCCUAUAUGGAGCGCCACUGGUGUACAGGAUUUACGUGCUACACCUGAAACAAAUGAAGAAAAACAAGUUGCUGCUGCUCCCACAACAACAACAACGUCAACACAUCAAGUCAAGACAGAAAGUAUCGAUGCGAGACUCGCAUCUGGAGCUGUGGUUCCUGAAGAAACACAAUCAACAACUGAUAUAGAACAUCGAACAAAAAUAAUGAUGCGUUUCGUUGAAGAUCUAACAAAUAUUUAUUUUUCAACACGUAAUUCACGUCGUCUGAGUGUUGAUAAUGAUGGGACAUUGAGUUCAGACGUUGGAUUAGGCAGCUUUCGAGAUAGUUUAGCCGCUGUAACAAAAUAUUCUCGUUGUAAAGUGCUAUCAUCUGUUAAUUUUGUUGGUGAAAAUUAUGCACAAGCAAGCAUUGUAUCAAGUAUUGAGUUCGAUCGUGAUCAUGAACAUUUUGCUGUGGCCGGUGUUUCUAAAAAAAUUAAAUUAUACGAAUAUAAUUCGGUACUGGAUAAUACAGUUGAUAUGCAUUAUCCCAUCAAAGAAGUUAGUUGUUCAGCAAAAUUAAGUUGUAUCAGUUGGAAUAGUUAUUUAAGAAAUUACCUAGCAAGCAGUGAUUAUGAUGGGUUUGAACAUGAAAAACGGUCAUGGAGCGUUGAUUUUUGUUCAUCUGAUCCAAAACUACUUGCAUCGUGUUCUGACGAUUGUCGAGUUAAAAUUUGGUCAAUGCAUAAUGAUUAUUCAGUGACAACAAUCGAUGCCAAAUCAAAUGUGUGCUGUGUGAAAUUUAAACCAGACUCUCAGUACAAUAUCGUCUUUGGAACAGCAGAUCAUAAUUUAUAUUAUUUCGAUUUAAGAAAUACUCGUGAACCAUGUAACUUAUUGAAAGGACACAGAAAAGCUGUUUCUUAUGCUCGAUUUUUAUCACCAAAUGAAAUUGUGUCAGCUUCAACGGAUAGUCAGUUACGUUUAUGGAGAGUAACAGAAGGUCAAUGUCUUCGAACAUAUCGUGGUCAUGUAAAUGAGAAAAAUUUUGUGGGUUUAGCCGUAUCCGGCGGUUAUAUCGUCUGUGGUAGUGAAACAAAUACAGUUCAUCUAUAUCAACGUGAUAUAUCAAGACCAUUACUAAAUUAUAAAUUUGAUGAUGGAACUACAAAAGCAUCAACUGAUCGUGUGAAAAAAGAUGAUACUGGCUCAGAAUUUGUUAGUGCAAUGUGUUGGAGUAAUCGUGAAAAUAUUUUACUAGCAGCCAAUAGCCAAGGUGUCGUCAAAGUGUUGGAACUCGUAUGA